GAAUUUAGAUCUUCUAUUAUUUGAUAUAAAUAUUUUUAAUUGGAGUAAUUAAUUAUAAUUGGGAUUUCGAACUUGCAGAUAAUAAAUGUCAUAAAGAACUAUUGUUAUGACUCUAUCUGAGGUUAUAUCUUUUACGUGUGGAUGUUAAACAGACAUUCGAGCCAAAUAAAGUACGAACAUAUUUUUUUAUUGUAUUUUUUUAAUUAGAUUUGAAUAAUAAAGUUAAAAUGAAAUUGAAAGAGUGACCUUUUUGACCGACUAAACACUUACAGACUGGUAUUGCAUGGUAUCUUCACCACAUGCGAUACACAAUUAAAUUAUAUGAAGAAACUGUCAAUAGGUUUUAUUAUCGUGGGAUUAUUUAUAAUCAAAUAUGGAUUAUAAUAGUAGAAUACUUCGCCAAAAAGAAUUACAAGACAUCGUGGUAAAAUCAAAAAACCAUUGUUAAAAUUUAAAGUAACUGUGGAAUUUACAUGUGGAAUUACAUGAGUUCAUGUGUAAGAUAUGCGAAUACUUCUAUUACAAUCUAGUAAAGUGAAAGGAAUAUUUAAAAGAGGAAAAUAAAAGGAAAAUAUAUAUAUAUAUAUAUAAUCUGUUAGAACUCAGUCUAAGAACCAUCAUGAGCAAUCCAAAAUACUUCCACGUAAUGAUCAAACCACGAAUAGAUAGAGUGCAUCUGGAACUUCUGUUAGAAUUUAUCAGUCGUGACCAUGACAUGGCGGAUUUGGAUGAUCCUCAUAUAGUGGAACUAAUGCGGAAAGGAACAAUCCCGCCAUCUUUGUCUUUGAGAGCGCCACCUACACACAUUGGCACAACACAACACCGAAAUGAUACUUUGGGUAUAUCAAAAGAGGAAAUCUCCAAAAGAUACAUCAUAAAGCUUCACCGAGAUAGACUUCGAAAUAAUGAAGCUGUUUACAAGUCUUUGGACAACCUGCCAAUUAAGAUAAAACAAGUUGCACAAGAUUCCUUUGAAAAAAGUUCGAGUGGAGGAAAGUCUUCUCCUUCAAGCUUUCGGAGUAGAAAAAGUUCGCGGUCUAUACAUCUUCAAGAUUUUCGAAAUCAUAAAAAUCAAACCAUUACAAAAUCACUGGAUUCUCCAUGGAACAAGAGCAAUGCUAUAAAUCCACGCAAACAACGUUCAAAGACUAAGUUGUUACCAAGGGUUACUGGAAGUUCAGAAUCAGAGAAAUCAAAAAAUGAUGACGAGGCUAAGCACGUUAGUUUUGAACCAAACGCGUUUAACAUGCUCGAAUCUGAAAUGCCCUAUAUCUUUUCAGCUGGUUUCCAAGGCUAUCAAAAUCGUGUGAAAUUAUCAAGAAAAAAACCCAUAGCAUUUGGACAAACCAUAAACACUACUGGUUCCAAUAUCAACAAUGGUAUUAACAUUAACAGCAAUCAAGAGUUUCAAAGACGUUAUCAGCGGGUUUUAGAUGCUGAUAAGCAGCCUCAUUUUGUAAAAACGUCCCUCAUAAAGGGACAGCGUGUAAACAAUACUUACAACAACAGAUACAGAAAUAUGUUUAAUGAAGCUGAAACUGAAACUCAACGAAGUGAGGAACUAUUUGCAAUCAAAUCAGUGCAACGCAUCAAUGAACCAUUUAUUUUUACAUCUCCGGCUUCCCCUACUCGUGUUCCGAAUCCUAGUCUCUACUCUGAAUGUCAAAACUCUGAAGUGGGUAUUAAUAUUGUGACGUCACCUCCUUCCAGAGCAGCGUCAAGUACUCUCGCAGAUGUUGAUUCUCGUGAGAAUUCAUCUCGUGGUGAUCCAGACAAUGAUUUUCCGCAAAAUGAUAAAAACUACAAUUUCGAACCUGUUGCAUACGAAGAAAAUGAUGAACAAUCAUAUGACAUAGAACAAAAGAUUCCUACUUUGUCAUUAGAGUUAUUGCGAGUCCACGAAAGUACUACUUCAGCUCAAACGAAGAAGAGCAUCGCAUGUAAUCUAACAGACAUCACAGAACGUGAUGAAAGCAAUUUAACAAAGACAACAAGAAGUGAAAUUGUUCCAGACAUGAAAAUUUCUGUAAAAAUUAACUUUAAAUCAACAGAAGAUGUAAUUGAAGAAAGCAACAGUGUCAUAUCAGAUUCAUCGAAAAGAAGUAAAGACAGCCUUACUCCAAGACAACCGCGACAUAAUGCAAGCUCACAAUCGAAACGGACUGCUAGUUCUUUAUCAGAAAGCACAUUAGAUACCAUUAGAGUGGAAGGACACUUAUUUGGUGAACAUUCAGACAUGGAGAAACAUAGCAGUAACCGCGAACUAGUUCAAAAUACACUAAACACAGAAAGAAGUGGUCACAGUUCUUUGGAUGAGGAAAGGGAAAUUCCUCAGAUAAUAGUUGAUUUGAACACGUUAAAAACAGUUAAGACACCAAUAAAGAAAAGCAGGAAUCAGAUUAGAAGUUCGAAAGAGGAGAACAAAGAGCAUAAACAUAAAAAGACAAUUUCAGAAACAAAUAAUGUAAGACACACAGACGUUUCUCCUUCAGAGGAUAAUAAUGGUUUCUUCCUUACUUAUGAAAAUGGAAACGAUUCGGCUUUAUCCCAUUAUGAAGAAUCUUCGAAGAUUGAAGAACUACGUGACUUUAAUUGCAAUAAAGAAAAUACUCCACGGACGGAGGUUGAUGACAGUGGAAUCUCAAUUUCUACUUUUGAAAACGAGACAAUCAAAUGUUGAAUGAUUAGACAGAGAAGCGUGGUAUUUAAAGUUAAAUCGUGCAAAGUAAAAACAAAGAUUUCAGAUUUUAUUAUAUAGUCAUAGUAUGAACAAAAAACCUCUUUACCUCGCACAAAUUAAAUUAAGAAAUAAUGUUGAGACAUAACUUUCCACUAGUGCUAUUUGUGGUAUCAAAAGCAAGACUAAAAUGAAAGACCGGAGUAUACUAGUGAACCUAAGCAGGAUUAGGGUAGAUGUUCUGCCGGUAGUUAAAUGCAGACUAGUUUCUCUUUUUAUUCAAAUUAGAUCUUGUCAUAUUUCAUACAUACAUUUAUUUAUUCAAACCAUAUUGCUAUAUCAAAGUAUGCUACGUUAAAUUAAAAUAAUCAUUUUAACAGUAUAAAAUGAUAUGUGCAAUUGAUAUCGAAAAAAUUAAAUGAGUGUUUAUGAUAGACAGACUAACGUAACAUAUAUUCAUAAAAUGGUUUGUAAAAAACAAGUAAACUUCUUACAUAGAUGAAAUGAUUAAAUAUGAUUAUAGUUAUUCAUAUAUGUCUGUAUGUUUCUCAGGUCUGUGCUCACAUAAGCAUGAAACACAGAUAUCAUUUUCAGAAGCAUAAAACAAAGAUGAGCAUUUUAGUAGAUAAGCUUACACAAGAUAAUGCCCAUUUGGGUCGGUUACAUUUUUGUUUGCAUGACAAUAAAUCCACAUUUGGAUUUAAUUUGUAUAUUUAGGUAAGAAUCAUUUUAUUACACUUUUUCUUGUGCCUGUUUAAAUUAAAUGUUACUGCGUUCUUGGAGUCAUAUGAUGACUGAAGUCUGUGUUUCAUUUCAAAUAUUUUAUGGCCAAUAAUUCUGAAUCAUUUGUUAUAUAUUGCAUGUAUGUUAAUUUCAUUAUUAUUUUCAGCAUAAUUUUAUUUACAUGUCAUCAAGAAAAUGGUGAAAAAGAUGUUUUAAGUUAUUGAAAUCCAUC